UGAGUCCUCCACCCUGAGGGACCGAAUGGGUGAGGCAGGGGAAAGGCUGUGCUGCAGAAGCAUCCCCUAUCUGCCCGCGGCCGGCACGUGGCCCCCCAGGGCUGGCUGAGCCUGUGGAUAAGGUUGUGAGCUGUUAUCUACACCCUCCAACAGAACCUGCUCACAGGGGCGCAGGCUUCACGGCCUCCGAGGACUGUGUGUAUGCAGCCACGGCUUCCUGCAACCCUCCCCUGUGUGCUCUCUUCUUUUUUUCUUUUCUCUUUUUGUUAAUUUUUUUUUUUUUCUUUUGAGACAGAGUUUCGCUCUUGUUGCCCAGGCUGGCGUGUAGUGGUGCGAUCUUGGCUCACCGCAACCUCCACCUCCUGGGUUCAAGCGAUUCUUCUGCCUCAUCCUCCCUAGUAGCUGGGAUUACAGGCGUGCGCCACCACGCCCAGCUAAUUUUGUAUUUUUAGUAGAGAUGGGGUUUCACCUUGUUGGCCUGGCUGCUCUCGAACUCCUGACCUCGUGAUCCGCCUGCCUCGGCCUCCUAAAGUGCUGAGAUUACAGGCGUGAGCCACCGUGCCUGGUCGUUGUUUUUUUUUAAGAGACUGGGUCUUGCUCUGUUGUCCAGGCUGGAGUGCGAUGGUGCAGUCACGGCUCACUGCAGCCGCAACCUCCUGGGCUCAAGCCAUCCUCCCACCUCAGCCUUCUGAGUGGCUGGGACUACAGGUUCUUGCCACCACACCUUCCUGAUUUUUUAUUUUUUUGUAGAGACAGUAUCUUACUAUGUUGCCCAGGCUGGUCUUGAACUCCUGGCUCAAGGGAUCCUUUCGCCCCAACCUUCCAAAGUGCUGGGAUUACAGGCAUGAACCACUACACCGGCCUGUUCCCUUUUUCUUACAGGUCAUUGAGAACACACCACAGGGGACCUGGGAAUCUACUGAGGAUACAGAUUUCCCACAAUCUGAAACUGUGUGUCUGCCUGAUUGUUACAUAAUUUUAAUUGGGUGCCACACACCGAGAGAGAUUGUUUACUGGUGGGCCAUUCUGUUUCCAGUAAAAGCCCUUCCACUCACUGUGGCAUGCUAAAUGGAGCUCAUCACAUGGUCCCUUCAACCUUUCCUUGAAUCGUUUCCACCCCUUCCCUAAUUACCCUCUGUGAUCCCUUUCCCGGCAAGGGUCCUUCUAGCCUUCCUACCUUGGUAAACCUGUGGCCUUAGGAUCGAGGUGUGGACAUUAACUUUUCUGCUCUGGCGGCUUCCUGGGCUGUCCUCUCCCUGUUCCCAGCACUCAGAGGCGCUGUCCUUUCCUGGCAGCCUAGUAAAUCCCAGGCCUCUGUUUUGGGCCCUUUGGCUUCUUGGUGCCUGUUAUGCUGAAGCGUAGAACUGUCUUAGUCAGAGCUCCAAAGGAUACUCACCGGCCCACGCUCUCAUGGAGCUGGGUAGCUCUGACCAGGCUUGCCCUCUGGGGCCCUGUCCUUUGACCAUGCUGUCUCUAUCACUUCUGAGGCUAAAGCUUCGUCACACUGCAAGACCCAGCUGAGGCAGGCGUUGGCGCUGGGAAAGCACCCUAUCACAGCACCUGCACCUUGAAUUGGCAUCGUCAGUACACCUGACCUGGGCUGGGGUGGGGCCAUGCCUCUGUACUCCUCUGUACUCAGGUACCUGGCACACUGGCAUUCAGGAAGCGUGUCUUGAAUGCCUGUUAAAAUGAUUAGGACCGGGCGUGGUGGCUCACACGUGUAAUCCCAACACUUUGAGAGGUCAAGGUGGGAAGAUUGCUUGAGGCCAGGAGUUUGAGACCAGCCUGGGCAACAUAGUGAGACUUUGUCUCUACCAGACAUAAAAAGUAAAUAAAAAUAAAAUGAUUAAACCUGCACAACUCCACCUCGAGCUGGGUCUCUCCUCAGGUCUAAAGACACUUGCUGAGAACCUGAUGUGUGCCUGGCCUUCCAAGGCACACCGGCCGCUGGCUUGGAAGUCAGACCAAUCAAAAUUCCUGUGCUGCUGACAGCUGAGCUCUCUUCCUCUGGUUCUCCUCCUGUGUCCUGGAGGGUGUUUUUCCAGACCUGCUGUGGGGAGAACCUCUGGGCUCAGAUGAUAAAGAUCCUGAAUUAGCAGAGUCCUGUGCCUGCUCCAGCCCCUGCCUUUGGGUGAACCAGACCAGGCUGGGGAAAGAAAGAUGUCUGGCUAUGAAAGGGAACAGGGAACUGUCUUGAGUGGCUGGCCAAGGUUGAGGCUCAGCCUGCCCCUGCUCAGGCUCCGAGCAGCAGGCUCAGGAGCCACAGUUAGGCACGUUUGCACUUCCAACCAUCACAGGCAGGCAGGCCAACUGGCCCAUGGUGUGGUGACUAACACCUCAUUAAUGGUCAUACCCCUUUUGUACCUGGCAUGUGCCCUCCAUUGUGUGCCUCCAGGAAAGAGCCCACUAUCAAGUUCCCCAGUCAGCAGCUACUUGGUAGUCACUGUGGCAUGUCAGUCACCAUUAAUAUUUGAAAGAUGCCUAUUCUCUGCUUCAGGCUGAGGCAAGCACCCCUUACCUUCCUGUCAUGUGAAAAUGCCUGCAGGAAAGGUCACACCUAGGGUGGGUGGACUAGUAAUGCUCCCUGUUGUUAUUUGGCCUUCAAAAUUAAAUUUGUUUUGGGCCCAAGUGGUUUGCAAUUUCUCUGAGUCUCUGCCUGUGUUCUUCUCUGUUCCCUCCUUCCCAGGGUACACUGGACAUAGUGUGAGACGCUUGGGUGCAGAAGUCACGGUCCGGUAGCAGGGCUGGGUGGAUAAGCCAGCACCACGAUGGUGGCUGUGCUGGGCGAGGGUGAGGACAGAUGUGGACAGGAGGCGUGGAGCUCUGUGAGGGCUUGGCCCUGCCCCGGAGGUCCCAUGGAGGCCUGUGAAGGAAGGGCGAUUGGACUGAGCAAAAAGCGAAAGGGGACAGGUGUGUCCUGCCUCUCUGGACAGUGAUAUUCCCACAGUGUAGUGUGGGGACUGCAGUUGGCACUGUGUGGCCAGGGCUCCGGAAGCUGUUGUCCGAGGGGCAGGGAGGGGCUGGGUCCUGAAGGGCGGGGGACACCAGGAGAGGGUUUCGGGUGGAGAACAGUGACCGGGUGAAGCCCUGAGUGGGCAAGAGGCUGGGAGUAGGAACUGAAUUGCUCUGGAGUCACAUGGAGUGUGAAUGUUGUGAUUGUCCCGGAGACAUCUGGGAAGCAGCUGGAGGGACGGGCCUGGACCUCAAAGAAGGAUUCUAGGCUCAGGAGAGGGCAGGCUCCACUGGAGAGACAGGCACAGGCGCUGGAGGAGCAGCCGCGGAGAGGGUAUGAGAUGGCAGACAGGUUUGCAGAAAACCCUCAGAAAGGGGGCUGGAGGAUUUAGCCAUUUUGUCCUCCCCUUCCGGCAGCCCAGGGCCUCCUCCCGAGCACAGCGGCGCUAUGGACUCUCCAGGAUACAACUGCUUCGUGGACAAAGACAAGAUGGACGCUGCCAUCCAGGACCUGGGGCCCAAGGAGCUGAGCUGCACUGAGCUGCAGGAACUAAAGCAGCUGGCGCGCCAGGGCUACUGGGCCCAAAGCCACGCCCUGCGGGGAAAGGUGUACCAGCGCCUGAUCCGGGACAUUCCCUGCCGCACGGUCACACCCGACGCCAGCGUGUACAGCGACAUCGUGGGCAAGAUCGUGGGCAAGCACAGCAGCAGCUGCCUGCCGCUGCCCGAGUUCGUGGACAACACGCAGGUGCCCAGCUACUGCCUGAAUGCGCGCGGCGAGGGGGCCGUGCGCAAGAUCCUCCUGUGCAUCGCCAACCAGUUCCCCGACAUCUCCUUCUGCCCCGCCCUGCCGGCCGUGGUGGCCCUGCUGCUGCACUACAGCAUCGACGAGGCCGAGUGCUUCGAGAAGGCCUGCCGCAUCCUGGCCUGCAAUGACCCUGGCAGGAGGCUGAUCGACCAGAGCUUCCUGGCCUUUGAGUCGUCCUGCAUGACGUUUGGGGACCUGGUGAACAAGUACUGCCAGGCGGCCCACAAGCUGAUGGUGGCCGUGUCGGAGGACGUCCUGCAGGUCUAUGUGGACUGGCAGCGCUGGCUGUUUGGGGAGCUGCCUCUCUGCUACUUCGCCCGGGUCUUUGACGUCUUCCUGGUGGAGGGCUACAAGGUGCUGUACCGUGUGGCGCUGGCCAUCCUCAAGUUCUUCCACAAGGUGAGGGCCGGGCAGCCGCUGGAGUCGGACAGCGUGAAGCAGGACAUCCGCACGUUCGUCAAAGACAUCGCGAAGACAGUGUCCCCCGAGAAGCUGCUGGAGAAAGCAUUCGCCAUCCGCCUCUUCUCCCGCAAGGAGAUCCAGCUCCUGCAGAUGGCCAAUGAGAAAGCCCUGAAGCAGAAGGGCAUCACCGUGAAGCAGAAGAGUGUGUCACUUUCUAAAAGGCAGUUUGUACACUUGGCCGUCCACGCAGAGAACUUCCGCUCGGAGAUCGUCAGCGUGAGGGAGAUGAGAGACAUCUGGUCCUGGGUCCCCGAGCGCUUUGCCCUGUGCCAGCCCCUUCUGCUGUUCUCCUCCUUGCAGCACGGGUACAGCCUGGCCAGGUUCUACUUGCAGUGUGAAGGACAUGAGCCUACCCUCUUGCUCAUCAAGACCACGCAGAAGGAGGUGUGUGGCGCUUACCUGUCCACAGACUGGAGCGAGAGAAAUAAGUUUGGAGGCAAACUGGGCUUCUUUGGGACCGGAGAAUGCUUUGUGUUUAGGCUGCAGCCUGAGGUGCAGCGCUACGAGUGGGUGGUGAUCAAGCACCCCGAGCUGACCAAGCCCCCACCCUUGAUGGCUGCCGAGCCCACCGCCCCACUCAGCCACUCCGCCUCCUCAGACCCUGCUGACCGCCUCUCGCCCUUCCUAGCCGCUCGCCACUUCAACCUGCCCUCCAAGACCGAGUCCAUGUUCAUGGCGGGGGGCAGCGACUGCCUCAUCGUCGGGGGAGGAGGCGGCCAGGCGCUCUACAUCGAUGGGGACCUGAACCGGGGCCGCACAAGCCACUGCGACACCUUCAACAACCAGCCCCUCUGCUCCGAGAACUUCCUCAUUGCUGCCGUGGAGGCCUGGGGCUUCCAGGACCCUGACACCCACUGACGGCCUGUGCCACGAGCCUGAAGCUUUUGCUGGGCCUCCCUGCGUGUUCCCAUCUGAAGAGGCGGCCCCGGGAGAGGCCCUCAGGGACCGACCCAGACCAGCAAGCUCCAUUUCCAGGGGUCUGCCCAGAGAAGCCUGGACCCAGGGGGCUUCUCAGCCCCCCUCCCUUCCAGCCCAGGCCUCCUUGAGCUCCUGUAGCCUCUGCAGCUGCCCAUUUCACCUCUUUGUCAUUGUAAUGACCUGGGGCCCAGGGUCACGCCCAAGCCCCUCUUUGUGGCAUGCUCAUCUCAGUGCAGCCCCAGCUGCUUCUCUGCACCAGGCCCUGUGCCCUCCCCUGGCCCUGGCCACACAGCACCUCCUUGGCCACCUUGCAUGGAUGCAUGUCCUCCCUCUGUUCCUCUUGUGGUGCUGUGGCUGGCCACGUGUCAGGGUUUUCUGUGAGCCUCUCACCUUACAGCCCCUGGGCCCCUGCCCUGCCUGAGCCCUGCGCUGGCUAGACGCAGGUUGGUGCCAAGGGAGGCCUUGCCUCUGGGCACUAUGGGGGCGGCCCCUGCCUUUGACCUCCCUCCAUGCCCCAUGACCUUCAACUGGUCUUGAGGGUCUGGGCACCACGGAGGGGACAAGGGAGACACAGGCCCAAGUGGAAGCCUGGGUCACAGAGGCAGGUACCAGCAGUCCUGCCCCCACCCCCGUCCCUGCUGGCCUCCAGCCAUUGCCACUUAGAGUCCCCUGCACCGUGCCACUGUCCAUCCCCGCACCAUCGCCUGCUCCUCCCAUGGGGCUUUAGCCUCCCCUGACCAUCUGCUCACGUAGCCUCUGACGGGGCCCACGGUGGUGCAGGAGGAAGGACCGGGAACCCUGUGUGGCUUUGGGCAAGCUGACAAACCCGUCUGGAACUCAGUUUCCCCAACUGUGAAAUGGGGCCAGUCCCCAUGCCCUGCUGUCCUCCUCACAGGACUGUUGAGAGUCUCGCAGGGGGACAGGGUGAAUCCCUCUCAUGGGGAGAGGUAUGGGAGGGAAGUCGCCACUCAUCUCAGCCCACCGCAGCCCUCCAGGCCCCCGCCUGAGCCCCUGAGGCCCUCCUCUGUACCGCCAGCUUUGGUGUUCAUUAAACAUGGUCUUGCUGCAUCAACUCCAGGGCUCCAAGCCGAGUCUGAUCUCUUCAGCCAGAGGGGCCUCCGGGGCCUUCCUGGGCCUGUAGCCAAGCAGGUGUGGGAGGCUGCCCGCUGCAGUGCUCACCCACAUUCUAUGACUGGAAUGCUGCAAGCCUCUUCCAGAGGGAGCCCUCCAGGAGCAGGGAAGUCAUAUCCGUGGACCAUUUGUAGGUUUCCGUCUGCAAACUUCCUGAACUGGGUGGUGAUUUUUCUGGCGAGUUAAGUCCAGCAGGUUCUGCGUGGCUGCCCCAGGGGGCCCCACCCCAGCCUUCCAGUGAUCUGGACCAGGAAGACGGAUUGCUGCUGGGUCAUGAUUUCCACAUCAUGAGCGAAGUUCUUUGUUUUUUGUGUGCAUGCAAAAUAUUGUUUCUUUAAAUUUAAUAUCUUUUCCUAACUUUUCUACUAACCUAGAAGGUAUGUGUGAUUAUUAUCUUUUUUAUUCUUAUCACUGUACUUGUUAUUAUCUGAUAUUAGGUAUUCCCAAAUAGAACAUAAUUUAUUUUGUUAAUGUUCUCUAUUUCUUCUUGAUUAUUUAUUAGCUUUGGAUGUUAAAAAUUAGCCAAAAGUGGCUGCUCUGCCUAUGAAGUAGCCAUUCUUUGUUUAAAAAAAAAAAGCCAACAUUUGAUGAAAUUGCAUAAUAAAUUAUCAUUUGUUUUUAGAAACAUUCAAACAAUUGUUUUUUGAUUUUUUUUUUUUUUUUUUUUUGAGACAGAGUCACCCAGGCUGGAGUGCAGUGGCGUGAUCUUGGCUCACUGCAAUCUCCGCCUCCUGGGUUCAAGCGAUUUUCCUGCCUCAGCCUCCUGAGUAGCUGGGAUUACAGGCAUACACCACCACACCCAGUUAAUUUUUUUUGUAUUUUUAGUAGAGGCGGGGUUUCACCAUGUUGGUCAGGCUGGUCUUGAACUCCUGACCUCGUGAUCCACACACCUCGGCCUCCCAAAGUGCUGGGAUUACAGACAUGAGCCACCGCGCCUAGCCUAUUUUUUUUAUUUUUUUGAAUAGACCACUUUGUGCUGAAUAAAUGUUUAACAUUUAUUUUUAAAACAGCAAUUGAACCUAAUUUAAAAUAGUUUAUUAAAUGAAUUCAUUAAAGCAGAUGAUAUGCCUUUGGGGCUUCAGAAAAUCAGUUUAAACAAAAGAACUUAUGAGAGUAAGUCAUUUGUACUUGAAUUUUUUCAGAGUUUUAAUUAACUAAAGUAUUUUAAUUUUUCUAUUUUUGUAAGCCGCGUACUUCAUUUUUUGAGUUUUUCAGUGGAAUUUGUUUUAAAACAUUUUGAAGAUUUCAGAGGCCUUCAUAUUUCUCUUAUCCACUUUCUGAACCCAUAAAGCCUUUGCAGUCUCCUUGAGUAGUUUAUAUUUAAUAAUUUAGUUGUGUACCUUUUUAUUUUGAAGUAAUUUUUGAUUUGCAGAAGAGUUGCAGAGACGGUACAGGGUUUCCAUGUACCCUCACCUUCCCCCAUGUCAAUAUCAAAACACAGAAAUAAGCAUUGUUGCAUUGCUGUUAACUAAACCACAGGCCUAUUGAGAUUGCCCCAUUUUUUUUGUUGUUGUUGUUUUUGUUUUUGUUUUUUUGAGACAGAGUCUCACUCUGUCGCCUAGGCUGGAGUGCAGUGGUGCGAUCUCGGCUCACCGCAAGCCCCGCCUCCCGGGUUCAUGCCAUUCUCCUGCCUCAGCCUCUUGAGUAGCUGGGACUACGGGCACCCGCCACCACUCCCGGCUAAUUUUUUUAUAUUUUUAGUAGAGAUGGGGUUUCACCGUGUUAGCCAGGAUGGUCUCGAUCUCCUGACCUCGUGAUCCGCCCGCCUCAGCCUCCCAAAGUGCUAGGAUUACAGGCGUGAGCCACCGCGCCCGGCCGAGAUUGCCCCGUUUUUUCCCACUGUCCAGGAAUCUAUUUAAUUUUUACAGUUAUUUACUUUCUCACGUUUUUACUAAGUCCAGAAUGUCAUCAAACUCAUAAAACCACUGGUCAAAAAAACCCAAAUGGCCACUAAUUAGGCAAUAUAGCACCUGCCUCAAAUUUGGGUUCAUAUGGAUUUUUUUUUCUCCCUUUUUGUGGAGAACAUAGUCUUGCUGUGUUGCCCAGGCUAGUCUUGAACUCCUGGGCUCAAGCGAUCCUCCCGCCUCUGCCUCCCUAAGUUCUGGGAUUACAGGCGUGAGCCACUGUGCCCAGCUCAUCUGGAUUCUUGCUGGUUCUCUUUCUCAGCCUAAAUGUCUUGUUUGCAUGGAGAAAUUAUCAAAUGAAGCAGGAGUGCCAAACAAGCCUCAUAGGCUCUUCACCCUACAACAUCUAUGUUAGGUAGAAAAGUAUGUGGAUUUUUAAAAAUAAUCUGGUAUAAAGAGUUUUUAAGAACUAUCUUCAUCAUCUUAGUAUCAGAUUGUGCUUGAGAAGUUAGGUACAAUGUAAUGUGAUUCAUUGCUAAAAACAAAAUGCCUCCCACAAUUGCAGACUCACUUGUUUUACCAAACUAUGGAAUUUGUCAACACCUUUGCUUGGGACCAAGGAAGCAAAGUCAGUGGAUACCAUGUCCUGUAGACAUGUGACCUGUGAUAAGGCACAGACAACACGAACUGGCAAAAACAUUGGCAUUUGGUCAAAUACUUAUGAGCUAAGGAUCGAAGGGAAAAAAUAGUUGUGUGAAUAAUUUUACCUCUUAGUUCUUAUGAAGGAUGGUUAUCGGGCUGGAAAAAUGUUUAUUGGACUGAUGCUUUGGAGCCUCUCAAUGAAUGUAAUAAAAAAAAUGUGUAGUGAGCACAAAUUUAUGGAUUUGCAGCACAAUCCAACUUUGAAAAUGUGAAAAUAAGUGAGUUAGUGAUAUGUUUGGUUGGUGUUAAUUUGAGUCCUAAAUAAAAUCGAGAACUGGUAAAAA